UCACGUAUAAAGAACUAAGUAGCCGUAUUUUUAUUUUGUAUGCAAACCAUAAGCGUAGAAUGUACAGAUAUUUGCAUGAAUAUGGACGUGUGUUGUGAUUCAAAUUCUGAUGCAAAUAACGAUCAAUGUGUGUAAGAAAGAUGGAGGACAAUCGUCAGAAAAUUUUUGUCAACAAAUCUGGCAAUUUAAUAAUAUUUGUAACGACUGUAGAGAAUAAAACAAAGCAUAUUUCACCUACUACAACUGAGGAUGCACCCGAUGAAGCUUGCUUUGAAAGCACCAGCCAAUCAGGAAGAGAAGAAGGAGAAAUCCCAGAGGCCUCUCACACUUUAACAUUGCCAUUUCAUCUGCUGGAGAGUGUUGUUGAAGGACUGCUGGAAAAACUCGACAUUUUGGACACUGAUCUUUCUGAAACACUUGUUUCCAGUCUAAUAAAGGCACUGGCAAGCCUGGCAGGGAUUAAUGUUGAUGUCUGCACCGCAGGCAGUUUUACAGAAGACACUGUUUUACAGAUCAGAAAUGAAGCUCUUGGCAUCCUGGCACAUAAGGUCAACGUGAAGACAAUGAAAAGGCAUGAAAACAAUCUGGUUGUGGGCUACGUCACCGCUGUCCUAUCUGCAGCCAUCAUUAACUACACGGUCAUGCAUCCUGAGGCACUAAUGAGUUACUCGAAUGAAAGCCUAGCCGGAUCAAAUGCUGAGUUUUCUGUCAAGAAAGAUCUGAUGGAGAGAUGUGCUGCAUCUCCAUCUACCUGCAAAAGCAUCAGUGAGAUGUACCUGCAUUCUGACCAGAAGGAAACAGAUGAGAGAUGCAGUGGAGACCAGAAAGCGGGCGCUGAUACAUCUCCUGAUUCAGCUCUCAUAGACGUCAGGCCGAGAGUGAAGAGAGGCAUUCAGGGCUCUCUGUCCAAACUGUUCUCCUUCAAGAGCAGGGCCUUUCAACGAGUGACUCCUUCGUCUGAGGAAAUCUGAAGAAACAUUAAUAAAAUGUGAUUAUUUGAUGUAA